AUGAAAGUUGAGAAUUUAGACCAGGCAAACCGGGCUCUUAAAGAGAAGUUUAAGAAAGUGUUCCGAAAUUUUCAUCCCAGCUUGCUAGGACAGCCUCUGAGGUCAAACAGUAGGGACAAACCAGAAACCCCACCAAACCCUAACAUAAUACAAAUUUGGAGUGGAACAGUACUGAAAUACAAAGUUAUUAAAACCAAGGAGAAUAUCAGAUCGCAGCUGAACCAGACCCAGACCGGUAUCUUGAAGGCUAGCUCUCAAUCACCAUGAAUGGAGAGGACUUCUGAAUUCAAACCUCGUUUGGCACUUUCUAAGAAGAAGAUCAAGGUCUACAGAGGGAAGAGUAAUGAGGACUCAAAGCUCAGGAAAUAAGCUAUACCUCAACUUGAAGAAUAUUCAAGGCAUUUCUUCUGUGAAGAACCAUCUCAGCUUAAGGAAAGGCAGAUUUCAGGGCGCUAAGCCUCCUAAAAUUCCAAGAAAGCAGAUUUUGUUGAGCAAGGAGAGGAUUAAGUUCAAUCCACAGAAGGAAGAUGAUUCUGAUUUCAACAGUAUUUGUACUGAUAAGCAAUUUGUGGAAGCCAUUGAAAAUAUACGCUUGCUGUCUAAUUAUAAAAGAAAAGCCUUGAAUAAAACUAAAACCCCCUCUCCAGCUGAUAGGCCCAAGGAAGCAUGGGAAGAAGACAGUAUUACUCAGAAAAAUGAGAAUUCAGAGUCACCUAAUAGAAAUUUGUAUGCUCAAAGGCAUAGCUCUUUAUCGGUAAAGAGGAAGACGAUUAAGAGCUUCAGGAAGUUGAACAUACCUCCUCAGUCUAUAGUCAGGGCUCAGAGCAUAAAUGAGGCUCUUAAAGCUAUAAAAUUUGACCAGAGCCCAUCCACACCAAAGAAGAUUGACUUUCAUUGCACUAAGAAAAGACUGAAUUCAGAAAAUCUGGCAACUGAGAAGAAAAAUAGAGCCGGUAGAAAUAAAACAGCUAGUCCGGUAGAGAAACGGUCUGAGAGCUCUAAAAGUUCAAAAUAGAUUCAGAGGUAAAGGUAGGAUAUAUAAAGUAGCCCAGAAUCAGUCCAUACCUGCUUGUAAAGCCAAACCUGAGUCUAAAUCCAAGCCUCCCGUGAGACCUGGAGGAGUAUCUCUAGUGACAAAGCCUGUCAACUCUUCUAAUAAGAUCCUCAAGAAUGCUUUCGUGAAGUUGAGGACAAGGAAUAGUACAAAAGCAGCAGCUCUGAAGAGCACCAAAACUGGCUUUAAUAACUGAAAUGCAUCGAAGUUGUAUAAAUUUAAGAAGAAAAGAGUAAAGAAUAUUGCAGUGAAGCCUAAGAAUCCUCAAAUUAUUAGGCUUUUUGAAUAG